AUGUAUUUCGCUGGCGGUUGUGUCUCGUGUACCGCAGCCAUAGAAACGGCUUCUGAGGGAAGCGACCUCAGUGCCCUGGAGACGGCGCUGAUGUUGGCGGAGAGGUCUCAGCUCGCCUACUUCCUCAAGCGCACCACGUGGUACAAGCAGGCCAAGGAACGCCACAAGAAACUGCGCCGCCUGUCGCUGGUGACAAAGACUGAGAAACUUCACCCCAAACAUGUGAGAGAGAUUAGGAGGUACACCCGUCCCCAUGCAGCCGUCCGGGACACACUUGUGGCCACCUACAUACUGUUGGGAGAGCCACCGGACCAGUUGAAGUGGCGUGAAGUGCGAGCUCUGCUGAGCAUGCCCGGUUCCGAUUCCAUCAUGGAGCGCAUCAAAAACAAUCAUCUCGAGGACCUCGACGAGGAGAGAGUUCAGAGAGCAGCCGCACUCCUCGGUAACUUCCGGUGGGAAGAGGUGCGGGCGGUCAGCAUCGCGGCCGGUGCCUUCUAUCAGUGGAGCAAGGAGGUCGUGGAAAAUUUUCAAAAUUCACAAGCAACCCCAGCGGAUCCGACUUUGAAAGAAGAAGAGCCAAAAGAGGAAAAUGUAGCAUGAUCCACGGAAAAAUAAAGAAAAGAAAGAGAAAAGAAUAACUCUAGAAAGAGCGAUAGCUCGCACGAGUUCUUCGCUUAGCGGAGCUUUUCCUUGACCUGUAGGUAUGUGAUAUACGAUGGUGUGAGUAUGACGAUCUAACUCCAGGAUGGCUUCAGGAAUCAUACCUUCUGAGUGAAGGUUUUCUUCACGCCGAGCAUUAUGUGAUAUUUAUUAGCAAAAAAAAAAUUAAAAACUAAAAGAUUAAAACACAUCGCCUACAUCAAACCAAAACUUUGGAAGGGAACAUCCGAAUUACCUCCAACUUUUUUUUUAUCCAACCGAGGUAUCAAUACUGCAUGAACAAAUUACAUUCCUAUGAAAACUUUAACCUUUUGCUGCUUCUUAGAAAGUUGUCUUGGAAACGAGGAAUUAGAGAUCAAUGCCAGCAGGUGCUAGGAGGUAUCUGAAAAAUAUUCUUCAUCUUCAGGUUUCCGAAAGCUAUCGUCGCUACAAGAGAUACUGCAAUAUUUUUAUUGUUAGCAAGGACAAUUAAGAACCACAACUUCGUAUUUUUUGCUAAGAGUUACCGCCCAUGUGGUUCUCUUGCUGAAAGUGGUGGGCUCAAAUUACAGGAGAAUACUAAAGUAGUUGGUUAUAUUACAGAAAAAAAGGAACAGUCGUGAUAAUGGUGAUAUUAAACUGUGGGUACAUUACAGGGGUUGGCCGAAACGAAGCGAAAUUCGUGAAAUAAACGGUUAGUGAAAUGUUUAGAGACAACUCGUCUUUUUUAGUUUGAAGCGUUGUCAUUAUCCCACAUACCCUCUGUAACCCUUAAUGGAUGUCAUGUGAUUGAAAAUGAAAAGUAAAGUCACGCACUCAUCACUGGAAAAUAGUAUAUAGAGAGAUUUAAAAAAAAGAAUAAAGAAAGUGAUUAUUAAUGAAUAUUUAUUUCACAUCACAUUUUGGUUUAGUCAAGUUCGUUAAGAUAAGAUUUCGGCAUCUCGCAACCAUCUUAAAGAAUUGAAAGGUGCAUGUAGGAUCUUCAUUAGAACAUAAACAGUAAUUAUAUUUCAGUACUUGAAAAUAGUUUAUUUACGAUCUUGUGCACACUUAAACUGCAUCAUAGGUUUCAUAU